UAACAAUCGCAACUUACUAACGACCCAAUAUUAGCAAUACGAAAGAAACUAGCUAGCUAAACAACGAAGCGGGAAAAGGUUGAGAGGUGGCCCAUGCCCUUACCGCCUCACCCUAUUAUAGCGUGCCUUACUAGUUCCUUUGUUUUCCCAUUUCUCUCUCUCUCUCUCUCUCUCUCUCUCUCUCUCUCUCUCAUCUUGCUUCAUAUGAAAAAGAAGAAGAAAAAAACAAUAUUCAGAGGACAGGGGCACAGAGAUCGAAGUAGUAGCAGGUUGUGCUGCGGGAGGGGUUUGUUUGAUUUGAUUGAUUGUCGAGACGAGUCUUCUCUUUUUUCCUUUCCCCCCUUUACUUUCUCUUUCUCUUCCUCUCCUCGUGAUGCAAAGGAUGUUGUGUGUUUUCUUGGCUUGGGUGCUUACGUGGACAUCGGCCCCCACACUUUCUUGUUUCCCUCCCUCUCUCUGCGGGCUCCAUUUCUCCAUUUUUCCCUCCCUCCCUCCCUCCCUCUCCCUUCUUCUUCCUUUCUCACUCUCCCUUGUGCUGUUUUGGUUGUAUUCGCUCGCAGUCGCAGAGACAUCCCUUCUCAAAACCAAAGGCGGGAACCCACCUACUCACGCUCAGCCUCUCCAAUGGCGGAAACCUGAAUCUCCCCCCAUACCCUUCCUCCUCCUCGCCUACCAACAACAACAAGGUGACUUCCCCCACUUCCAUUCCCUUAUUUUCUGAGUUUCCUCUCCUCCCUGUAGCUACAAGCUCUAAGAAAUUGAAAUUCCCUUCUCUCUUCUGUUUUCCUUUUCCUUCCUUCAUUAUCUCCCUUUACCACAGCUGCUAGUUUCAAGCUCUGCCGCUUCAAAACUGUGGAGGAAGGGGAGAAAAUAAAGUUCCCAUUUUCCCGGCAAAACCUGCGAAUUGAUUCUUCCUUUCCCUUCCUCCCAAUAAUCUUCCCUCUCAAGCUGUUUUGGAAUUCGAUUCCCUUAACUCAAGUGGCCACAUUAUCAUACCGCUAAUGUAGUCUUCCCGAGUGAGUGAGUGAGUAAUUCUUUUUCUCCCACUCUCUUCUCCAAAUGGCUUGGCCUCGCCAUUCUCCAAUCUCUCUGCUCUUACCUCUCCUUCUACUCAUCACCACCGCAUCCUCCACCCAACCCCAACAGCCCUCCCACCGCCACCACACCACCAACGACAACUACUUCCGGCGACUCCUCAUCAGCAUCUCCCUCGGCAUCGCCACCGGCCUAGCCGCCGCGUUCCUCCUCGCAUCCCUGCUCCGCUUCCUCUUCUGCUACAUCAACCGCACCCCAAUCCUCAAAGGACCCGUCGUCUUCUCCCCCAAAAUCCAACCCAAAUCCCUCCUUUCCUCCCUCCACCAAGAGCUCCCGCUUCUGGGUUCCAGCUCCAACGGAAACUACCACAAACUCCUCCUCGACGAAACCCUCCCCCUCGCCCUCAAACGCCUAAACCCCUUCGACAUCGGCGGCGGUUCCCCUGAGUCUCUGUCCAAGUCCUCCCUCAAGCGGGAGACGCAGCACCAGCUCGAAUUGCUCGCCGGGUUGAGGCACCGCAACCUCAUGAGCCUCCGCGCUUACAUUCGGGAGCCCGAUAGGUUCUCUCUGGUCUACGACUACGUCCCCACGGGGAGCCUCCAGGACGCCAUGGACAGAGUGAGGCAGAGCCAGCUCCAGCUGAGCUGGGAGGUUCGGCUCCAUGUAGCUCUUGGAAUCGUCAAGGCGCUUCGGUAUCUGCACUUCGAAUGCGCCCCGCAGAUUCUGCAUUUCGACUUGAAGCCCACCAACGUGAUUCUCGAUGCCGAGUUCGAACCUAGGCUGACCGAUUGUGGCCUCUCUGGCCUCCUCCCCAAUUUGGAUCGUGCUUCCUCUGGCUACAACGCCCCCGAGUGCUUCCAGAAUUGCAGGUAUACGGAUAAGAGUGACAUAUUCAGCUUUGGGAUGAUAAUGGCGGUUCUAUUGACGGGGAGGGACCCCAAAGAUCCGUUCUUCGGGGAAGGAGAAGCGACGGGAGGGAGCUUAGGGUGUUGGUUGCGGCACUUGCAGCAAGCUGGGGAGGCAAAAGAAGCGCUGGACAAGAGUAUCAUAGGGGAAGAAGGGGAGGAAGAUGAGAUGCUAAUGGCAGUAAGGAUUGCCGUGGUUUGCCUCUCGGAUUUGCCUCAAGAUAGGCCGUCCAGCGACGAGCUUGUUCUCAUGCUGUCGCAGUUGCACAGUUUUUGAAGGAGACAUUUGUGUGAUAGAUAAUUAGUUAGUUCAAGUUGGUAACUCUUUCGUACUAAUCCCCCCAUUGCUUCUGAGUAUUGUGUUCAUGGUGUGAGUAUGAAGGGUUGCUAGCGUUUAUAACCAACCAAAUACACGGAAGGAAGUUAGGGUACUAACAGAGUAACAGUAAGUCAGUAACCAGUAACUGCUACUGGAAGAAGGAGAAGGAGGAAGAUGGGGUUUCAUUUCAUGAGAUGAAUUAUGUGGAGGCCAGCAAUUGGCAAAAGGCAGAGCAUUAUGGAAGGAAGGAAUUAUGUUGAUGCUGUUGUUCUCUGCUAAUGAUGGUGGUUUAGCUGUCUGUCUGUCCUUUUACUUUUGGACCCAACUUUUUAUCUCUAAAAAUGAUCCCUUUUCCGCAUUCCUGCCUUUCACUUUUCAAUUAACGUUAUGGGUUAUC